AUGAUGGCUUCUGUGUCAUUGAGUACUCGGGAUCUCAACAUCCUGGAGAAGAUCCAGGAUCCUGAGUUUGACCCUUCCCAAGUGGUCCAGGUGGACGAGACCUUGCCCAAGGACCCCCAUAUCACAGAUGUCACCGUAUACGAGCGCAUCGCGACGGAAGAACGGCGGUUGAUAUUAACGGUGCAGAAGGCUGAGAUGCAAUUUGCUGGACCAGGGCCGAAAACUGGUCUCGAUCCCCUGAAGACGUAUGAAGAAUGCGUGGCUGGCCUAAGUGAGCUGGUCUCGACCAAUCCGUCAUAUGCUAGUGCCAGGAACAACCGGGCACAGGCGAGUCGCCGUCUACACGGUGAUGGCAUGCUUGUGUCGGGUAUAGAACCGGUCGAUAGUCCUCUCUUUGCCGAGUGCGAUUCAGAAGAGAGACGAUCUGCGGCCAGAAGGACACUUUCGGACCUUGACACCUGCAUCUGCCUCCUCACCCCAGGUGGUUCUUACCCACGUUUGUCUCGGCAAACAGCGAGAACCCUCUCCUCGGCACACACACAGAGGGCGGCGAUCUACCUUCAGACAUCGAAGAUGCUGGCAAAAGGUGGUGUUCUGAAUGUCGACCAGGACCGGCCCGAGGCGGGCUGGGACAAGAUAGAUUUCGAGGGAGCCGCUUCGCGAGACUUCGCCUUGGGCGGCAGGUAUGGUAAUGAAGUGGCCAAGGGUCUUGCGGUCAGCACGAAUCCCACAGCCAAGCUUUGUGGGCAGAUGGUGCGAGAGGCGAUGAAGAAAGAAUACGGCCCUGCCUUCAGUAGAUGA